AUGGCAAAGAAAAAGAGAAAUUUGUCAGACAGAACACGGGGAAAGAGAAAAGACCAUGGAAAAGUCAAGAGGACAAACCCGUUUGAAGUAAAGAUCAACAAACAGAAACAUCAUGUUCUGGGAAAGAAAAGAACCAAAUCAGAACAUGGGUUACCUGGUGUAUCAAGAUCUAAGGCAAUGAAAAAUCGUACAACCACCUUGCUAAAAGAAUAUGAAGAUAGAAUUAAAGUAAAUAAGGUGAUCGAUAAAAGAAUUGGGGAGAAAGAUCAAACUAUAUCUUUAGAAGAGAAAAUGUUGAAGAGAUAUGCUUUGGAAAGAAAGCAUGAAGAUAAGAAAGGGAAUAUAUUUAGUUUAAAUGAAGAAGAAGACCUAACUCAUUAUGGUCAAUCAUUGUCUAAUAUAGAGAAAUUUGAUAAUCCUGAGAUUAGUGAUGACGAGGAGGAUGAUGAUGAUCUAAAAAGACUGCGGGCAAAGAUUGUGGCAGAAGAACAUUUUGGUGGCUUUUUAACUAAGAAAUCUGAUGAAGAAACAGAAAAAUCCUUUAAAGAAAAAAUGGAAGAAGUUGUUGCCCUGUCGAAAAAAUACAAGUUUGAAAGACAAUCUGAUAAAAAUGAAAGAAUUGAAAUGACAGAACAAGCUGAUAAAGAAUACAAAGAAUUGUUACCAUUACUUGCUGGAAUUACUAAAAAUAAAUUACCUAAUGAGAAAGAAGAAGAACCUAGGAAAAAAGUUGAUGAUUAUGAUAUAGCUGUCAGAUCUCUACAAUUUGAAGCUAGGGGAAAGGCUACAGAUAGAUUAAAGACAGAUGAAGAAAUAGCUAAAGAAGAGAAAGAGAGACUAGAGAAAUUAGAGGCUGAUAGAUUGAGACGUAUGAAAGGUAUUAUAGAUGAUGGUGGACCACAGAUAACUCAUGUUUCAGCUGACGAUCUUCAUGAUGGGUUUAACUUGAAUGAAGACAAGAAAGAUAAACAGAGAGCUAAACAAUCAGUACAUUUUAAAGAUGGAAAGUUGGCAGGUGGGGAUGAUAUACUGGGUGAUGGAGAGGAGGAGGACAUUGAUGAAGAUGAGGAUGAUGAAGAGGGAAGUGAUAAUGAGGACAAUGAAGAUGAAGAUCAAGAGGAUGGAGAAGAAAUUAUAGAAACUGCAAAAAAAGAAUUACCAUAUACUUUCCCAGCACCAAAAUCUUACGAUGACUGGUUAAAUACAGUAAAUGGUUUAAAUACUGCAGAUCAAGUAGUUGUUAUAGAUAGAAUACAGAAACUAUAUCAUCUUAGUCUCGGACCUGGUAAUAAGGAGAAACUGGAGACGUUUCAAGGAAUCUUAGUGCAAUAUUUUGGUGAUUUAGCCCUACAAGAUCCACCUGAAUUAGCUCUAAUGAAUAAACUAGUACAGCCAAUAUUCAACCUGACUAAGAUUUCACCAGACAAGGCUGGUGAGGUGUUUCAACAAGAAAUAAUGAGCCGACAAGAAGAAUUCAGACAAAUUACAGAAAGAAAACAUGGUCGUGGAUUAUUUUUAGGCAUUGAUACAUUAUUAAUGUUAAAGUUGAUAUCUGUGAUAUUUCCUACCUCUGAUUUUCAACAUAAAGUCACCACUCCAUCUCUUAUGUUUAUGGCCCAGAUGUUGGCUCAGACACCUGUAAAUAAUGAAAGAGAUAUUGUUUAUGGUUUAUUUCUCUGUAAUUUAUGUUUAGAGUAUGUUAGUUGUUCUAAAAGAUUUAUACCAGAAGUCAUUAGUUAUUUACAUGGUAUCUUAUUUCUCGCUGCAAAUAAAAAUCCUAAAAAAUUAGAGAGAGUAUUUCCACCAUUUAAACCAGUAGGAGAUAAUAUAAAUAUGUUAAAUAUCAACUCCACUGAUCUCAGUAAAUUGAAACCAGGCCAGUUAGAUUUCGUCCACAUUUUAGCGAAUAUUGCAACCAUUAAAAGCUUAAAACAGAAUGAUAUCAGGCUAAAUAUGAUAUCAACAACUAUAGAAUUAUUGAUAAAAUACAGUGAAUUAUAUGACCAACUACCAUCAUACAGUGAAAUAUUUCAUCCUAUAGUCACCAUGAUAAGUAAAUUACCAUCAAAAUCAUACCCUACAUUACUACAGGAGAAAAUCUCACAAUUAGAGUCUUCAAUAGAAAAUAAAUCUUCUAAACCAAAGAAACCUUUACAAGUCCAGAAAAAUAAACCUAUUCCUUUGAAAAUGUUUGAACCUCAAGUGGAUGAGAAAUGGACAGGUAAAAGAAAGAAAUGUGGAGGAACAAAGGAAUUUCAGGAUACUCAGAAAUUAUUACAUAAACAUAAACGUGAAUUAAAGGGAGCUGUUAGAGAUAUCAGACGAGACUCUCAGUUCUUAGCCAGACAUCAACUUAAAGAAACCUUAGAAAAGGAUGCUGAGAGAAAACGAAAAGUAAAAGCCUUGUAUUCUAGUCUAGCCAAUCAGGAGGGUGAAGUUAGAGCUUUGAAGAAAGUCAAGAAGAAAUAG